AUGUUUGAAUCCGAGCUUUGCAUGAUCCAAGACAAAUACGCAUCUGAAUGGUCUCCCGCCGAUGAAGUAUCAUUUCUCGACGCGCGACUCAGCUUAUACCUCUACGCUCUCGGACAGAAGAAAAAGCCCGAAAACCUUCAAACCCUCCACCGAGAAAAGGAACACGAACUCAUUACACAAGGUAGCAUCACAGCAACACAACUCCUAACCAUCGUAACCACAUUCCCCGAUGCCCUUCGCAAAGGAACAAUCCACGUAUUCCGGUCCGCAGGAUACGCCGUAUUCUUCCUCCUACGUAUUCUCGGAACAGCGCCGAGGGAGUGUAUAGACGAGACGAGCAUCCGAAACAUCAUCAGACAGACCUUUACACUCAUGAGGGCUAUAUCCCAGACAUCCAAUGAUCGACGGUCGCAAUGCGUGCGGGUUUGCAGAAUCAUCGAGCACAUGCUGGACUGCGAAGACUGGAAUGAGAACCAGGACACACCGUUCCUGGGCAAGGCGGAGUCGUUUAUGGCUAUGAAUUUUGUUGCCGAUGUUGCGGCGAGGGGGAUUCUCAAGGCGUAUAAACAUACGCGACAGGCUGUCGCUGCACGAAUGGAACGCGAGCGUGAUCGUGAUCGUGGUCGUGAUCGUAAUUGUGAUUGUAGGGAGAGUGAUCCAGCAGGGGUUCAGCCAGAUGGGGGCUCGCAGUUUGAUCUUGACUUUUCGAUAUGGGAUCCUAUGGAAUGGCCAUUGAAUUGGCAGGAUGGUGAUGAUCUGCUGUUUCUCAGUGGCAAUAUAGGUGCAUCUUGA